AUGAAAGCAGCCAGCCACGUGUCCCUGUACAUGGUUCACGAGGGCUUCGACGAGCGCACCUACCGCGACGACAUCGCGCUGGCGCGCACGCAGGAGGAGCUGCCCUUGGGGAGAACUGUCAAACGAGUCAUCAUAAAGAGGAAAUUUUCGCGCAAGGCGCAGCUGCAGGUUGCUGGUUGGGGACUGUUUGAUGAAGCCCGGUACCUGGAAAGAAGCAAGCUGCAAUGGCUGCAGCAGUCGUUUAAGCCCGAGCAGGCUUGUAGCACGUACGCGCUCGCGCCUGGCAUGAUGUGCGUUGAGAACGACAUUCAUAAACGCCCAAGUCUGGGCGACUCUGGUUGCGGUUUGAUAGCCAACUUUGUGCAGCAGAUCGGACUAGUGUCCUUCCGUCACAGCGGGCUCAAGCAUAUCGUCAUCUACAUGAACGUCUCCUACUACUACGGCUGGAUACAACGGGGCGCGAGACAACUGAUUUGUACAAAAGUAUGAAGGCGGUCUAAAGGUGCGUCCAGAUCUAGUGGAUGCGUCUCGAG